UGCUUUCUCCGUCGUGAUUUGUCAUAAUCGAUCACGGACGCCCCAACCGCACAACCAGCCGAGACAAUCAAUCGAGUCUGUCAGUUGCUGCAUUCGCCGUGCGUGCAAGCACGAACAAACUAGUGCACUCUGAAUUUUCUUUUGCUAAUAUCUUCCUUUCCUUGCUCCUUCCUCGUGUCAACUUCACCCGUUCAGCUCCGCCAUUGUUUAUAGCUUCUCCGCCACACAGCCUGCCGCCGCCUCGUGUGUAUAUGUAGCCACAUCUCGCGAGCUCGCAGUGCAGUGUCGGUGUGGCCAAGAACGAAGCGUGCCAUUUGAUACUAUUACAGAUCCCCGUGAGUCGCUACUCCCGAGUCCUGACAACCACGAAGAAUUCAAGAAAUGGCCUCAGCUGAGCUGCCGUCAGACAUGUUCGCCUUCCCGUGCCGAGACGACGGCACGUCGACGGAGCUGUCGCCGCCGGUCGUGAUCUCGGUGCUCGCGUCCAUCCUGGAGCGGCACAUCGCCCUCAACGAGAGGGCCCUGGCGGCGGGGAGCCGCGAGGCGGCAGGCGACGCCAACGAGGCGGGAGACAACGACUCGGCGGCGGUGACGGUGACGAGGAGGAGGGUGCGGGCCUUCGACAGUGGCACGGUGCUGGACAUGAGCCUGCACGCGUUCCUGGAGCGGUUCUCCCGGUACGCGCACGUCUCGCCGCAGGUGUACGUCGUGGCGUACGCGUACCUGGACCGGCUCCGCCGCGGCGACGCCGGCGUGCGCGUGGUGCGCGCCAACGCACAGCGCCUGCUCACCACGGCCAUCCUCGUCGCCUCCAAGUUCGUCGAGGAUAGGAACUACAAGAACUCGUACUUCGCGGCGGUCGGCGGGCUGAGCGCGGCGGAGCUGAGCGCGCUGGAGUUGGACUUCCUCUUCCUGAUGCAGUUCAGGCUCAACGUGUGCGCGAGUGUGUUCCAGAGCUACUGCUGCCACCUGGAGCGGGAGGUGAACUACGGCGGCGGGUACCGGGUCGAGAGGCGCCCCGAGAAGGCGAUCGUCUGCGCGGGAGAAGCGCGGGCGCAGGAGCCGCAACACCGGCAGGCAGCGGCGGCUCAGUAAAAUUCCGCGACCGCGAGAAGCUUGCAGAGUUCCGGCCUUAGCCGAGGCCGUGGAGCCAUCUACAGCGUGCUCCGUCACCGGCAACCGAACAGCAGCUGCACGAGUUGAUCGCUGCGGCAUCGCCAGUAGAGACGAUUUCGGUGGCCAAAAGUCCACAAGGAUGUACAUAGCAUAAUCAUGGCUUGCCUAUGAGUUAGAUUUGCGAGCGAAAUUGUACAUGGCAACUGUUUCUAUCUCUCUUUUUUCUUUU